AUGAGUUUUUUAAAUAAUUUAUCUUUGUCUGUAUCACAAAGUUCUAAGACUUUUAUUUCUGCACCAACAGAAAAUGGCCAUGAUUCUGUAUCUGAUCCUACUCUUGUUAUGAGUAAGGAACUUAGUGAAUCUGAGCCUACAUUUUCUCAUGAAGAAAACAAUGAAAUUUCUGAAAACGAUGAUAGUGAUGAUCUAAUUGAAAUGCCACAAAAUAAUGAGUCACUUCAGGAAAACAAAUUUGAAUUAGGAAACAGGAUUUGGAAAGGGAAGGUUUUUGUGAAAAAGCACCGCAAAGGUAUGGAUGAGUCCACAUCUCAACACUGUCACAAAUCUGAACCGGGGAAUGAUCACCCUCCUAAGAAUAGGAAAGGUAAGUCCAUCUCUAUCUCUGAAAGUCGUAUUUUGUAUCCUGAUAUAGAUGAUCCUGUUGCCAUUAGAAAACCUGUUAGAUCUUGUACUAAACAUCUCACGUCCAAUUUUAUAUCAUAUUCAAAUUUGUCUUCAUCUUUGUCUGCCUUCACCUCAAAAUUGUCUAGUGUAGAAAUUCCAAAAAAUAUAUAG